GCUUUUGUACUCCAGAGCGAAGCUCGGUCCCCGAUAUUGUAAGUUACUAUAUCGACAAUAAAUUAUGAUAAAAUAAAUUUAUAUAAAAGAUUGAAAAUAAUAAAUCACUGUAGCAUCUAGUUGAAAGAACUGUCAUCAAAACACAUGUACACGUGAUGAUUAUUGGAUUAUGGUAGACUCUAGGAAACUAAUUUUUAUUCCUGCUUUAUUUCAGUAACAGAUAAAUUUAGACCUCUCUUUAUUAAAUCAAAUUACCUCAGUAGGGAAUAGAGAAUACAAGCAGCACCGUACCAAUACCAAAUGAGUCUCUCUCAAUAGGUGUUUGAUUUUUAUCCAAGAUUUUUGCUUAUUCGACAUCUAUUUCGAGUAUAUCCUGUUUAAAUUGUUGAGCAAUAUGGUUAUUUUGUUAUAUGAGUUAUUCUAUUGCACAAGUUAUUCUUCUGUAGUCUACAUUAGCUUACCUACUUGAAUUCCUUCAUUCAGUUAGUGAUACCUCACAAUUGUAUCUUUGAAAAAAGGGAAAACUAACUCUUAAACAGGAAAUUUUGAGAAUGAUGAAUAUUUUUAUCAGCCUAUAUUUAGCUGAUUUUUUGAAGCCCAUUUAGUCUUGCCUGACAAUCAUCUCAAAUAUGAGUUCAUGAGAAUCAUAUAAUUAUAUCACUUAUUGAAUUACGACAUAUGGCAGUCUGGUUUUUAUGAUUCAAAGCUUUUUUAGCUUCUACUCAAAUUUGUGGAGAGUCCUUUUUCAAUACUAUCUUUUGAGAAGUGUCAACAGUGUUGAAAACUCUUCUCCCAGGGGGGAAGGAAGCUUUGAGGACGUAUCCACGCUGGUUGGAGAAUGUGAAACAAGACUUCGGAAGGCGGGUAUCAGGGGAUGCAGAAGAAAAGCUGCUGACAGAGAAGAAUGGAGAAGCAUUUUGAAGGAGGUCAAGGCUCUGAAUGGGCUGUAGCACCAAGGAUUAAGUGAGGAUGUCGUAGGUUACAACAAAUAUUUUUGAAGGAACCAGAGAAUGGAACAUACAAUACGUCUCCUGAGAUAUGCUAAAAAGGACGCAACGACACCAGACGAGAUAAGUGUUGCCAACCUACCGCAUCUAUGCCUCAAAUUAGUGGGAAACGCCAUGCUGAUCAUGAAUCACAAUACUGUAGUCGACACUUUUCAUCUAAAAGGCAAGAAAACAAAAUCGGCAUUUUGGAAUAACACUUUGGUCAUACAGAGAAUUGAGAGGAGAAAUAGAUUCGAUUUGUGGCGUUUUCAAGUUCACGCCGAUGAGAGACAAGAAGAAAUCGACCAUUUUCUGAAGAGGAUCAAAGUUGUUACAUCUUUUCAAACAGUAGAAGAUGACCAAAAUUUCACAGAAAACUCAAUGGACACAUCUACCGAUUCGGCAACGUUUGAUUCGUAUUCAUUCAAUUGUGACAACUCAUUCAAAGUGCCUGAGGCCGUUCCAUGGAACCUGAAACCACCUGUUGAAAAUCAAUGGAAUCCAGCCGUCACAGAUCCAUCUCUGGACAAUCUGAAACCACCUGUUGAAAACCAAUGGAAUCCAAUAGACACGGAUCCUUCCUUGGGAAACUCCAUAUCGUUGUUCAGAGGUAUCAACUUUGAAGAUGGUUCAAAAUUCCCAACAGUCCAUCCGCAAUUUGAAGAGGGACCACGAUUUGAAACCAACCAAACAUUCUUCCAAGCUCAAAAUCAAGGAGGAUUGUUUAGAAGUGAAACUGAUAUGUCGUUUCAAGUUGAAGAAAGAGGAUUUCUCCAUGCACCUUACAGACACAUGUUACCUCCGAUCAUCGAAGAUGGACCAAUAGAUAGAAAUGCGGCGUCUCAUACCAUGAAUAAAAUACAGUUUGUGCCAGCUACUUCACCUGGAGGUCAGGUACAAUUCAACACCAACAGUGGAAUUAUUCCGUCUGGAAAUGAGGGGCAAACACCUUUCAAUGCAGCUUAUGGAAACAUACAGGCCUCCCCAACUGUAGAGAGACGUCAAUUCAAUGCAAAUUACAGUGGAAUACAAGCCGGAAACAUACAAGCCUCCCCAACUGUAGAGGGACGCCAGUUCAACGCUAAUUACAGUGGAAUACAAUCUGGAAACAUACAAGCCUCCCCAACUGUAGAGAGACGCCAGUUCAACGCAAAUUACAGUGGAAUACAAGUCGGAAACAUACAGGCCUCCCCAACUGUAGAAAGCCGUCAAUUCAAUGCGAAUUACAGUGAAAUACAAGCUGGAAACAUACAAGCCUCCCCAACUCUAGAGAGACGUCAGAUCAAUGCAAAUUACAGUGGAAUACAAUCUAGAAACAUACAGGCCUCCCCAACUGUAGAAAGACGCCAGUUAAAUGCGAACUAUAGAGGAAUGCAGUCUCCAAUUCAUGGAAGAAGACUGUUGGAUGUAAGCUAUAGAGAUAUGGCAUCUUCAACCCCAAACAAAGGUUCAUUUGAAGCUAAUAGAGCCGUUUUUCCACGUUAUUCAAAACAGUUAAUCAACAAUAAUCAAUCAAUGCCAGUUAACAAGACAGUGCUGCCGAGUUCAUUUGGAACUAACAGAGGAGUAGCCUUUCCUCAUUCAAUACAAGUAUUGACAACUAACAAUCAAUCACUGCCGGUAAACAAAACAAUGUUGCCGAGUUCAUUUGAUGCAAGUAAGCAUCAACAAAUAUUGAGGACAAAUGAGGUUAACAGUGCAGUUUUCCAGCAUUCGAACAGUGGAGGAAUACAGCUGGCAACCAUCAAUCAAACCGCGCAAACUCAAUUUGGAGACAAAAUAGUUCCAACGAAUGUGGCUGCAGGUGGAAGAGCACAAUUUUUCACGAAAAAUGAAACAGUACCAGGUCAAUUUGGAGAGAGAAGACAAGUUGAUACUGGCAAUACGAGCUCAAUAGUUGUUGGAGAUAGAGCUCCUUUGAGGACAUACAGUGGAAUCAAAGCUGAGGGAGAUUUCAAAGACAACACUGGAACAGUGCCGCUACAAUUUCAAGGCGGGAGAUCGGUCAGGCCUGAGGCAGUAGUUGAUCAAAGUAUGAUGGUGGAUUCAGCAAUUUUAGAUUCAAAUAUGAAUAAUGUAACAAUGUCUCCUUUUAGAGGUGGAGUGAUACAGAAGCCAAAUAAACCCACAAUGAUUAGUUCUAAUGACGGGAUAGUAACUAAUCUAAACAUGGUGGCUCCAACAAUUCCAGAUUCAAAGAUGAACAAUGCAACCAUGUCGAUGUCUUCUUUUGGAGGUGGAGUAAUACCCAAACGAAACAUACACUCAAAGAUCAGUUCAAGUAAAGGGGGACACUCAGCAAUUGAUAAAAUGUUUUCUGGAAGAGCUUUCAACAAAGAGAACAUAAAACCAUCAACUGUUAGUGGAUCAACUAAUAAUAAACCGGUUUCAUCGUCUGUUAGGCCUACUGGAGGAGUUUUCAACAAAGAGAACAUGAAUCCAGCAAUUGAUGAAGAGAGAGGAAAUAUUAAUCAACAUACUUUUCAAGCAGCUGGAGAGAGACAGACGGUGAGACCAACCAAAGAUGUGUUGUCUUGUCGUCAAGGUGGAGGAGAAAAACAAAAUCCAACCAACAAUUUUGGGUCGUCAUCAAUGAUUGGAGAAAGAAAGCAAACCAAUACAACUGAUUUGAGUUUGCCUUCUCUAUCUAGUGUAAGCAGCAACUUUGUGACACCAGCUACAAUUGGAGGAAGAAAUGAUUUCAAUACAGCAAACAUGAUCGGAGAGAGAAAGAUGAAUACUACAACUGAUUUGAGCUUGCCCUCUCUGUCUAGUGCAAGCAAUACCUUUGUGACGCCAACUAUGAUUGGAGGGAGAAAAGAAUUAUUUGAUCCGUCUAAGCCUCCUCAAAUUGGUGGAGCACCGACUGAUAUCAGCUUGGCAAGCUCGUUUGCUGAUCAUGUUGGACCAAAUCAAGGAACAGAUGAAAUGAGACACAUGAAUAUGGAAACAGAUGACGGGAAUAAUGCUGAGUCACAGGAAAAUUCGCAAAGCUCGCAAAAUUCACAUUUUCUUGAAUCAUUCACUUUGAGGAAAUUGGAUGCAGCGGCUUGCUUAGCAGAGCCGGUUCGACUUGGCCCAUUACUGAUGAGAGAAGUCUUGGAUCAGAUUCCAGAUAAUUUGUUAAUAGCUGCUUUAUCAGAUCCCAAACUUGACGAGCAUUUUCAAAGCAGUUGAAGAAGCAUUGGAGCAAGGUAUUGACUAUACAGGUCAUUCAGAAAAAGAGAUAUUGAAGGCAUUUUUUAACAGCGAAGCGUUUAUGCCAUUCAUAGAAGCACUAACAUCUAUAUUGAAUAAUGAUAAUGAAGAAUGAUUUUAUUCAUAUAUGUUAGUCUUGUAAUUCAUAAUCAUGAACUAUGCUAGUCAAGCCAAAAUAAGGAGUAUAUUAUGUUCACAUUAUGCAAUCUCUAUUAAAAAGGAAUUAAGAUUCAAUCUGGGAUAAUUUAAAAGUUUGCGAACCUCAAUCUUGGACAACACUCAUUAUAUAUACCGUACUUGGAAACUUAGAUUUAAAUAUAGGUAGAUUUAAAUUUUUAAACUUAGAAAACUGUGAUUGAUCACUAUUCUAUUCAUAUUCUGUUUUCCUACUUUGUAUAAAUCUAAAAUCUGUUUCUGUUGUAAUAUUUGAUUUAAUAUUGUUUUCUGUGAAUUUGAAUAUAUAUUUCAAUGAUAGUGAGCAUAGAUGCUGCCACUGAAAGUGUAUUUCAGUAAUAAUUUCUCUUAUAAUCUUGGACAACACUCAUUAUAUAUACCGUACUUGGAAACUUAGAUUUAAAUAUAGGUAGAUUUGAUUGUUUAUACUUUUAAACGUAGGAAACUGUGAUUGAUCACUUUUCUAUUCAUAUUCUGUUUUCCUAUUUUGUAUAAAUCUAAAAUCUGUUUCUGUUGUAAUAUUUGAUUUAAUAUUAGUUUCUGUGAAUUUGAAUAUAUAUUUCGAUAAUAUAGUGAGCAUAGAUGUUGUCACUGAAAGUUUAUUUCUUGAAAAAUAAAUG